AGAAAUGACUGGCACAGCUUUAUCAGAUGUUCAUAUUCAACAAUGGCAGCUUGAAAAGGAGAAUAAUGAAAAAAGAGUGUACAAUCUAUGCGAAGUAUGCUUCAAGCCCUUCAAUUUGGCUAAUAUAGAUAUGCAUUUAGAAGCGGGGUGUGCUGCGGAAAUUUACAACCGAUACAACUUAACACCGAUCGACAACAACAAUAACUGUCAAAAUUCCACCUCUUCACAGCAAAACAACAUGACACACAAACCGAAGAAAAGUAAAAAGGUUAUUCGAGUGUUGAAAAAUAAACGGAAGAAGAAGGCGACAUCAAAAUAGUUAAUAAUUGUUUCAUUCACAAAUUUUUUCUGUACAAUCUAUUUGUGGUACCUGAACGAUCAUCAGCGACGGUUUUGAAAUAAGAUUUUAAUAAAUUGGUUAGUAGAGU